AGCAUGGGAGAGUGUUGGAGUUUCUUUAUCUCAAUUCUGUCCUUGUGCUGUCAUUUCUAUACCUUUGCACAGUGCUUUGUUCCUUGUUGCAGUUGUACAUGCCUUACAUAAAUAUAUUUGAACUUGUGGGUGGGGCUGUGAGACUAUAAAAACAUGCGGAGUCAAGAACUCACAAGUCUGGAAGACGUGAAUGCAGCUCAACCAAAGAACUGAUCUCUAUCAGGUCCUUUUUGGAUUAGAGACAUGUCCUCAGAUCAGAUUGAGAUAGCUGCCCUAGGCCGGCCGUUCUCCUUGGGGAUGCUGUAUGAUGCUCGCAAAGAUCAGCUGAUGACAGGUUUCACUCUCUGUAAUGACGAAACCAUCAAGAAGAACACUUCCACUAAGGCUCAGAACAGCUGUUCUUAUCAUAUAACAGCUUCUGACACAUUUGAAUCCAAGUCUUCUCUGCUGGAUGUUAAUGUGUCGCUCAAAGCCAGUAUCCUGGGUGGUCUGAUCGACGUUGGAGGAUCUGCCAGUUAUCUAAAUGAUAAGAAAAAAUUCAAGAACCAGAGCAGAGUCACCCUUCAGUACAAAGCCACAACUACAUAUGAACAUCUGUCUCUUUCUCAUCUUGAACACAAGGAACUGGAAGCUAAAGGUUUUACUCCAAAUCCGAGUGCAACACAUGUAGUAACAGGCAUCCUUUAUGGAGCAAAUGCUUUUUUUGUGUUUGAUAGUGAGAAGUUAGAUUCAAGCAGUCUUCAGAAGAUUGGGGCCAGUGCAAAAGCUGCAAUUAACAAGAUCCCACUCUUCAGUUUUGAGGCAAGUGUUAAAGUAGAGCUCAGUGAAGAAGAAAAAGAUGUAACAAAUAAGUUCUCCUGCAAAUUCUACGGAGACCUAAUUCUUGACAAGAACCCUGCAACAUUUGAAGAUGCAGUAAAGACAUACUCCAGACUUCCAGAGCUCCUUGGAAAAAAUGGAGAGAAAUCAGUUCCUGUUAAAGUCUGGCUGACUCCUCUGAAGGACGUCUUACCAUCUGCAUCAGAGCCGAUGGGAGAUUUUUCAGUUGGGUUGGUCAGAAAAGCAACCAAUGCUCUGGAAAGUAUGAGGGAAAUGGAAAUGAGAUGCAAUGAAGCACUGGAUGAGAAAGUAGUGCAAAGUUUUCCACAGCUUCACAAAAAGGUGAAACGUUUCCAAGAUCUCUGUAGCGACUACACAGCGCUGUUGAGAAAGACCAUACAGAAAAAGAUUCUCCUGAUUCGUGAAGGUAAAGAAGAUGAAAAAUCUGUAGAAAAACUCCUUGAUGACCAGGAAAACUCUGCUUUUAGUCCCCAAAACUUAGAUAAGUGGUUAGAUAAUACUGAGAGAGAAAUCAACAUUAUCAGAUCAUGUGUGGAAAGUAUAGAGGGAAUCGAGACCGUUGCAGAAGAGUCUGACUUGGACAGAGAAGUUCUUGCUGCAGGUGUAGAAAUUUCUCUCUGCUUUGUUUUCACAUCUGUGGAAACUGACGACCCCUUCAUUGAGCAGAUGACCGACUAUUUAAGGAGAGAUAAGGCAAGACCUCCACCAAGUGUGACUGCACCCACCAAGGACCACUGGUUCUUCUCAAACGAUGUUGUUACCAACAUGAGGAAAAAAGCCAGUGAGUUCUACUCAAUUGCCAAAAACCUGAAAAGUAGCAGAAGAUUUCGUUUCCUUAUAGCAGCUCUGCCAAAUAAAAAAUUCAAAGGAGCAACCAUCUACCAAUACAUGGACGGCCUUCUGAAAACUGAAGACUUCAAAAAGCCUGUUAUUACUGAUAUUACAGCUAACUUAGAUCGAAGAGACUUCAUGUACUAUUACUGCGAUCUUACCUUGGACCCAACCACAGCCAGUGACUUUCUUCAACUUUCAGAGGGAAACAAGAAGGCAACGAAGAUUUCAGAGAGUGUUCCGGACAAAAUAAUUCCUCACGUUCUGUGCAGAGAAGGCCUGACCAGCCGUCAUUACUUUGAGUUUACAUGGAGCAUUGUCAAUCAGAAAUACGUUGGUGUAGUUCUCGCAUGCACUGGUGGAAAGCCUGGAAAGCAAACCUCGUUUGAGGCUUAUAAUCACUAUUGGACAUUUUAUUGCAUGUGUUUAAUGUACUCUGCAGGGCAAAGUGCUGGCAUGACUUAUACUCUUCAUCCCCCAGAUGGUUGCAACAGGUUUGCUGUGUAUCUGGACUGUCCUGCUGGUACUGUGUCCUUCUAUUCUGUCUGUGGAAAAGAUCUGGUCCACUUGCACACCUUUAAACAUAAAUUCAAUGAACCAGUUUACCCAGGUCUAUUCAUGUUAAUCAAAGAUGACUAUGUAUCCUUAUGCCCAGUUGAAUAAGUCUGAGAUUUGAUGAUGGAGUGGAUUUGAUCAGGAUAUUUUAUAGCUAAAAAAUAAAGAAACCGGUAGAACAAAAAUAUGAGAUUUU